CCAACAGGCAUGCAGGACCCUGCAGGGUUACAGUCGCAAUUGUCACACCGGAGGAAAGCUUGGUUCGAGAUCCAGGAAGGGUGUGUGAGCCGGUCUGAUUGCCACGGUUAUCUGCGUACAAAAGUGUACCGGCUCCAGUUCUCACGAACCCGAUGUCGUCCUUUGUCAGCUCAAACAAGGGUUUUCUCCAUUCUUAUAUGAGGGUCCGUCCCGCCUCUCCAGACUCUCCAGACUCCAGAUCUUCUCUCCCACAACUCCCAUCUGACCCUUCAGUCCGGUGCAAGAUUGAAAAUCUGGAGUCGGUGAAAUUCUGUCGCUCAUUACGCCGAGUUAUCUAAUCGACGCUCGGGUGCUCGACCAACAUCCAAAUUGUGGACACUUGAGAAACACAUACCGGCUCCGUUCAUCACGUCCGGAAUAUAGUUCAAGAUGGCAUCACCAACCACGCCGACAUAUAUGGGCCUUCGGGGCCGGCCACUCUCUUUGGCCGUCAGUACCGUCGCGACCACCGGUUUCCUGCUAUUCGGUUAUGAUCAAGGAGUUAUGAGUGGAAUUAUCGGAUCCCACCACUUCGCAAAUGUGUUCACGGAAGUAAGGAACAAUGCGACUAUGCAAGGUCUCGUUACUGCAAUCUACGAAAUCGGAUGUCUUAUUGGCGCUAUGUUCAUUCUCGCUGUUGGCGAUGUUUUGGGUCGACGGAAAGCCAUGAUCAUCGGUGGAGCUAUCAUGAUUAUUGGAGCCACUAUUCAAGUUACUUCGUUCCCAGGUCACGCGCCUCUUGCUCAGUUCAUCAUCGGCAGAGUGGUUACUGGUGUAGGAAACGGCAUUAAUACUUCUACUAUUCCGACAUAUCAGGCCGAAUGUAGUAAAACGUCCAACCGAGGUUUGCUCAUCUGUAUCGAAGGCGGUAUCAUUGCAUUUGGUACUGUGAUCGCUUACUGGAUUGACUACGGCUGCAGCUAUGGCAGUGAGGACCUUUCUUGGCGUUUUCCUAUCGCUUUCCAGACCAUCUUUGGUUUCGUCGUCUGCAUUUGCAUGAUCUUCUUGCCUGAGAGCCCACGUUGGCUCCUUACUCAUGAGCGCUAUGAGGAUGCUGAGCGAGUCAUCGCAGCUCUUCGAGGCUACGAGUUAGGCAGCGAGGAGACCGCAGCUGAACGAGAUAUCAUUCUGGACUCUAUCCGCGCCAGUGGUUUCUCUGGCCGCAAGAGCACUCCCGUCAAGGCACUUCUUACUGGUGGCAAGACUCAACAUCUUCGACGUAUGUUGAUCGGUUCUAGCAGUCAGUUGAUGCAGCAGAUUGGUGGAUGUAAUGCCGUCAUUUACUAUUUCCCUAUCCUGUUCGAGGCACAAAUCACUGUCGGCGACGAAAACAUGGCUCUGCUCAUGGGUGGCGUCAACAUGAUUGUCUACGCCAUCUUUGCCACAACCUCUUGGUUCAUCAUCGAGCGUGUCGGUCGACGAAAGCUCUUCCUCUACGGAUCCAUCGGACAAUGCUUGUCUAUGGUUAUCACAUUCUCUUGCCUCAUUCCUGGUACGACGUCUGCCGCUAAGGGUGCAGCUGUUGGUCUCUUUACGUACAUCGCCUCAUUCGGAGCGACUUGGCUCCCGCUUCCAUGGUUGUACCCUGCUGAGAUCAACCCUAUUAAGACUCGCGCGAAGGCAAAUGCUACUUCGACAUGUACAAACUGGCUUUUCAACUUCUUGAUCGUCAUGGUGACACCAGUCAUGAUUGCCAAUAUCGGCUGGGGUACCUACCUAUUCUUUGCUGCUGUCAAUGCCUGCUUCAUACCAAUCAUCUACUUCUUCUACCCUGAGACCGCUAAGCGUUCGCUUGAGGAGAUUGAUAUCAUCUUCGCCAAGGGUUUCGUGGAGAAUAUUUCUUACGUUCGCGCUGCGGAGGAAUUGCCUCUGCUCACGCCCGAGCAGGUUGAGCAGGAGGCCCUCAAGUAUGGUCUCAUCGACACUGCCGCGAGGGGUGCUGCGCAUGCCGCUGGCCCUGCUGGUGUGGUAGAAGAGAAGGCUCUCAGUGAGAAGAGUGAGGAGGAGUCUGGAAGUCACGAGGAGCUUGAAAACUAAGGGUUUCAUUGACUUGUAGUGCUUCUAGUUGAUACCAAUAAUAUGGUUGACCAUUGCAAGAAUUAUGGUUGCUUGAAUGUCAAUCCAAACCUAACUUUCUUUGACUAAUAUUGACCGUAAAUCUUACCAACCUACCUAGAUAGAGUUACAUAGACCUAGACUAGGUGAUGGGUUCAGACACACCUCCUGAUACCACCACGAACAAGACAGGAUGCCCUUGGCAAUUCGCAGUCCUAAUGUCUUGUUGCAAAUAAUACACUCCAACAACUAUCUAUUCUACCC